GCGGCAGCGGGGAGGCGCUGCCGGGCCGGGCCGGGCCGACCUCACUUCCUGGCCAGGCCCUGGUGCGGGCUGGCAGCGGCCGGCGGCGGAGGGCAGCGCGCUCCCGGCUCCCCCUCUCCCAGCGCACCCUCCGCGAAGGCCGGGCGGGGAGCAGGCGGGCUCCGGGGCUAGAUGGGAGCGGAGGCUUGAGCGUGGCAGAGGAAGGCCCGCGGGAGCGAGCGGCGGACACCCCGCCGGGCAGGGGAGCGUGAGAGCCCUCCCUGGAUCUGAAGGAAGUAUGUUCCGGUUCAUGAGGGAUGGAGAACCAGAGGACCCCAUGUUUACAAUGGACCCUUUUGCUAUUCACCGUCAGCACAUGAACCGCAUGCUUUCUGGAGGCUUUGCAUACAGCCCCUUCCUCAGCAUAACUGAUGGGACCAUGCCUGGGGCACGUCAGGCCAGCCGCAGGAUGCAGGCAGGAGCCAUCUCACCCUUUGGAAUGUUGGGAAUGGCAGGUGGCUUCAUGGACAUGUUCGGGAUGAUGAACGAUAUGAUUGGAAACGUGGAGCACAUGACAAGUGGUGCCAACUGCCAAACAUUUUCUUCCUCAACUGUCAUCUCCUAUUCCAACUUGGGUGAUGGCCCCAAAGUCUAUCACGAGACCUCGGAGACGCGCUCUGCACCUGGCGGGAUCCGUGAAACAAGACGGACUGUGCGGGACUCAAACAGUGGCCUGGAGCAGAUGUCAAUCGGGCACCACAUCCGGGAGAGAGCCCACAUCAUGCAGCGCUCACGGAACCAUCGCACGGGUGACCAGGAGGAGAGGCAGGAGUACAUCAACCUGGAUGAGAGUGACGCAGCUGCAUUUGAUGAUGAGUGGAGGCGAGAGACAUCCCGGUUCCGGCCACAACGAGGACUGGGUUAUCGGCGUCACGAGGGCAGCAGUGGUCGUCGGUCUGAGGGGACACAUCUUGCUAUCCAGGGCCCUGAGGAUUCCCCAUCCAGACAGGCCCGCCGAUAUGACUGGUGAAUCCGGAGCAGACUUUGGGGGGGGUGCAGCAUGGUCACCCCCAAAUCCACCUACUCUCUCUUGUAAGUCUGACUGUCCUCUCCACUCCCCCCAUUGUGUGGCUGCCUCACUCCUUUUGAACCUCGCCUUCAGUACCCCCAACAUGGGGUACAGAGGGCCUCAAUGUGAGCCACUUGGGGGUGUCAGUUGGAGAAGGGGGACAUGCUCUAGGGUCCAGCAGGAAGCUUCCUCUUGGCAGCUCAUCUUUGCCAGCAUCCAAAGCAGGGUGGGUGGCUCCAGCCUGAGUCACUUCAGAUGCUGUGAGUGGGGUAACAUCCCAUCCUGGUUUGGGGCUGAUAAUGUGGGAGUAUCAGAACAUGAUUCCCCUCAUUUUUCUGUCUAUCUUGUGGACGCACUUUGGGGAGUGUGUGCCGCUUGCACCCUGGAUUGUGUGGGAGUUGCUGUCUUCCCUCACCAUCAGGCAAACACAGAUGUGGGUUUAAAUGUGUGAGGAAGUGGGGAAGUGGCAUCUGGGGAGCCAAGGAGAGAGUGUUCAAAAAUGUCACUAAAUUGAAGUUGAAGCCUAUCUGCAGGAACUUUCUAUUUACAGAUGAAACCAAACUCUCAUGAGAUCAGCUCAAGUCUAGAUUCAGUAGAGAAGUGCUGGGUUUUUCCUUCCUCCCAGCAUUCUGAAUUGAGUUUACUGGGACUUGAUUUAGUGCUAAGGAUUUAUUCAUUUAUCUGAUCAGUUUCUCUUGCUGAAUUUUAUAUUGCAGUGCUUGGUUUUACCUUCUGUACCACCCCUUUAUUUAUACCUCUGUAACUUGCAUUCUCUCUCUUUCUCUUCUCCCUCUCUCCACCUCCUCUCAGGUACAGACAGUGAAACUCUGAUGACAAAGCACUGCUUGGAAUCUUCUCAAAUUUAAUAUUAACCCCCACCCUCUAAGAAUUGAAUAAAGUGAUUAACCCUCCACACUGCUCUCCUUCUCACCCAGUGCGGGGGGCUACAGGGUGGUUUGGGGACCUCAUUUGUGUACGAAGGACACAUUUAUUAUCCUGCCUCAAUUUCCCCCUCCAACUCUUCCUCCUCUUUUUCCAGUCACACUUGGCUCAGUUCCCUUUGCUAGUAUUUGUGGACACAAGGGUCAUCACCCUGUCCUUCCUGUCCCUUCCAGCUCUCCUCCUGCGCCUGGUUGGGCUGGUUCUGGAGUGGUAUUUGGUCCCUUCUGAAAUGAUCAUGUAGAAGAAUUUCUUGCCCCAUUGUUAAUCCCCCUCACUGGGACAAAAGCCCCCACGUCCUUUCUUGCUUCCUGGUAUGGUGAGGUGGAAGGAUGUGUGUUUGGGAGGGGGAGAAGAACAAGAACUGAACCAGCCUGUAUCUCCCUGCCCAUGUAGCCCCAUUUGCAGUCAACUCUCCCCUUUUUUAAUUUGAUUUGUGAAACUUGUAUUUAGGUGUUUACUGAAUAAAGGAACAAGAACUGUAAA